AUGGGAACCCAGAUCCAGGCGAGGGACCUUGGACCGGAUGAUUUUGGCGGAGAGGAGUACGAAGGGUGUAACGAAUACCUCAACAUAACGCGCCCCGACGUGAUCCACGACAUCCACCGCGGCUACCUGGAUGCCGGCGCUGAUAUCAUACAGACCAACACCUUCGGCGCAACCGCGCUGGUGCUGGGCGAGUACAGCCUCGCUCCCGAAGCGCGCCGGAUCAACCGUGAGGCCGCGGGCAUCGCCAGGCGGGCGGCUGAUGAGGCAACGGCCGCUGACCCGGACAAGCCGCGUUUUGUGUACGGCGCGAUGGGUCCGACGACGCGGACCAUCUCGGUGACGGGUGGCCUGACCUUUGACGAGCUGGCGGCCGAUUACCACCAGCAGGCGGCUGGACUCAUCGAGGGCGGCGCCGACGUGCUGGUGCUCGAAACGGGCCAGGACACGAUCAACAUCAAGGCGGGGCUGGAAGGAAUAGAUCGCGCCCGGGCCGAGAUGAACGUUGACGUUCCGGCAGCCGUGCAGGGAACCGUCGAGCCCAUGGGCACGCUUCUGGCCGGCCAGGACGCCGAGGCGUUUUACACCUCCCUGGCCCACCGGAACCUGCUCUGGGUGGGCUUCAACUGCGCCACCGGGCCGGAGUUCAUGACGGACCACAUCCGGACGUUGAACGAGUUGUCGCGGUUCGGGAUCGCCUGCGUGCCCAACGCGGAAACGCGGGUGUCGGGCAUCGAAGCCGUGGUGGUAAACGAGGACACGAGGCCGACCAUCGUCGGGGAACGCACCAACGUGCUGGGCAGCCGGCGGUUCAAACGGCUGAUUGCGGGCGAACGGUUCGAGGAAGCGGCCGAGGUCGGCCGGCGGCAGGUCCGCAACGGAGCGCACAUCCUGGACGUGUGCCUGCAGGACCCGGACCGGGACGAAACGUCGGACGUGGUCAAGUUCCUUGACCAGCUCAAUCGCCGGGUCAAGGCGCCCAUCAUGAUUGACUCGACUGAUGCGUCGGUUAUCGAAGAGUCGCUGAAACGUUUGCAGGGGAAGUCGAUCAUCAACUCGAUCAACCUCGAGGACGGCGAGGAGCGCUUUCAGCGGGUCGUGCCGUUGGCGCGCGACGAUACGGCGCGCGGCGCUGGUGGUGGGCUGCAUACGACGACCCCAACCAGGCACAGGCGAUCACGCGACGGCCUCGAUAUGGCCAUCGUCAAUUCCGAAAUGAUGCAGCGGUACGCCAGUAUUCCCGAGGAAGAACGCACACUGUCUGAAGACCUGAUCUGGAAUCGCGGUUGCGGCGCAGGAACUGAUCGCGGGCUACCGGAACACCAACCGGACAUCAUCGGCCUGUCGGGCUUGCUGGUGAAAUCGGCGCAGAUGAUGGUCGAGACGGUGCAGGACUUCCGCGCGGCCGGCAUCGCUCGCGCCCCGGUCCUGGUUGGCGGCGCUGCCCUGUCCAACCGUUUCACCCGGCUGCGGAUCGCGCCGGAAUACGGCGGACUGGUGGCGUAUUCGCCGGACGCCAUGAGCGGACUCGCGCGUGGCCAAUACCAUCCAGGACGCCGAUGA